UUGAUGCUCCAUACAUUCUGGGAACGUUACAACGCUAAUCCAAUCCGCAGCAUUAUUAAGUCGUUUCACACCCCAAUAUUUAUGGCCCCCUUCCCAGCUCUUACUAUUUGUCCAUUAAUACCACCGCCGAUUGCAAGACGCAACAUAGUGUUUGCAGGUUUGCGUGUACCAAGUAAUAUGACCACCGCAAAAGCGAGGUUUCUAGUUAGAUAUGGGCCCGAUUUUGCAAAUGAACACGUUCCUGGUGGUAAAAAUUAUAUAAGCGAUUUGAAAUUACUAUUAAAGACAAAUAACUUGACACUAGUAAACUUCAUAAAGGCUUUACGACCUUGUGAAGACAUAUUCGAAUCCUGUACAUGGGAAGGCGUUGAUAAAAAUUGCAACGAACUGUUCAAAAUAUCUUACACUUUUGCAGGUAUAUGUUGCUCCUUCAACUAUCAUCUCGAAGAAUCCAUAGAAACUGGCAGAGUCACAAAAAAUCUUCUCAGAACUAAUUUAUAUGGAUCAAGAACCGGUCUUCAAAUUAUCGUACAGCGAAAUUAUUUGAUCGAAGAUGAUGACAUAAACGAUAAAUACAUCAAAUCUUCAACAAAUUCUGUCGGCCUUGUGAUGUUUUCUCAUCAUCCUCUAGAAUAUGUCGCCACUGUAGCUGAGAGACAAAUUCUACAAAAAGGACAUUAUAUACACACCUCCGUAAAUCCAAUUAUCAAUAAAAAACUCAGUGGGUAUUACCAUCAAGAUUCUAUGAGCGGUAAAAUAAUUCCGAAUUGCGCAGAUGAAGAAACUAAAUUGGAGUAUUUUCCUACUUAUGGAUAUUCCAACUGCUUUAUCAGCUGCUCUAUUAGGGCUGUUCUCCAAGCCUGUGGUUGUUUGCCAAUCUACUACACUCCUAUAGCUGAAAAAUAUUCAUUAAAAUUAUGCGAAUGGGAAGAUUUCAAGUGCCUUUACGCAAAUGCGGACAACAUACGGAUUAUUCAAAAUGUUGUUAAAGAAAAUUUUACAUGUGAAUGUUUUACGCCAUGCGAAAAUGUGGAGUACGAAUUACAAACUUCUACGCUUUUGUUAAAUGGUGAUCACAGUUACAAUCCCUCGACUUUAUCACUUAGAUCUAGGAAUGCGUUGUUCGCCACUCUACAUGCGAUCGUAGACUGGAUCAGGCGAUGCAGGAUUCGCACGCUCGGACCGCUUUGUGAUCCCGAAAUUCCUCCAGGAACCGCAUCACCACCCCCACCCAUUACUUGUGUGUACCGUGUCGUACCUUCCCACCUUCUGCUCCAGGAUUGGUAGAAGACAAGAUCCCACCAUCGGCUAAUGUUGCUUGAAGAGCAAAGAGUUUCGUUACCUCGAGUUAUAUUAAGGCAUUGUGGAUGUUAGACGUAACUUCUUGACAAAAACGCCACCAGAUCGGUUCCAGAUAACCGUAGAGACACUGUAAGUAUUGGCAGGUUCAAGAUCGUUACGAAAUUAAUAUG